AUUAAAAGUAAUAUAAUUGUUAGGAUAUCAGGAGACUGUUGGUGCCCCAAAUUUAAAUUGCCUUUUGAUGGAAAAAUCCAUUUUCAUGUGAUCACAGCUGCAGAAAUUUCAGUGCACUGGUGAAAGGAUUUUGCUAAUGGCAGAAGAAGUUGGUUCAAGAUCAUAUUGCUGUUUUGUUUGUAGAAAUUAUGUUGCACAUCAUGAUGAUAUAGUCUCUAAAUCAUUCCAGGCGCAUACAGGGAGGGCGUUUUUGUUCUCCCAUGCAGUAAACAUAGUAACAGGACCAAAGGAAGACAGACACCUCCUAACAGGCCUUCACACGGUGGCUGAUGUCUUCUGUUCCGACUGCGGCGAGGCGCUCGGUUGGAAGUAUGUUAAAGCUUAUGAACCAUCCCAGAAAUAUAAGGAAUCCAAGGUUGUUCUUGAGAAAUUUAAGAUUGUUAAAGAUGCUUAAUCUCUGUUGCUUACUGUUUAGUGUUUAUUAAACAGUAUUUACUUGCCUUUCUGUAUUAAUUUCUUCUGUCAAGUCACAAGUGUAUAUAAUUGUGUUACCAAUUUGUAUCAUGAAUUAAUCAUUAAAAUGUGUGUAUAUAUGUCUGAUCGAUUCGAUCUAACUUUAACCCGACUAAAUAUUUCCAAA